UUUAGAACCACGCACGGGUAGCGGAUUUAUCGACUCAGACGAAUUUUGAUCAUAGGUAUAGGCGCCUCCGCCACAUUGGAGUUGCAGUCCGCGCCUCUCGUACCCCUCACGACCCAUUAUCUUCCCUAUUUCCAUUAUUCUAUUCACUAUUAUAUAUAUAAAUAUAUAUAAUACCGAUUACAUCCAUCUUUUCUCUCUUGUUUCCAAGAAGAAUAAUCCAAUUUAGACUAUUGUGUGUAUGUAUCUAAAAGAGAGAGACGAAUACAACAGUAAAAGAUUGACGCCUCGAAUCAAGGACCAGCGACAAUCUCUCUUCAUCGCCGUCGUUCAAAUCAGGGUUUCUGAGUUGUGAAACCCUAAUCGGAACGGAAAGAGAUCGAUGGCACAAAAUGGGCAGGGAAUUGACCCUGCCGUCCUUGAUGACAUUAUCAAUCGGCUUUUGGAGUUCCGGCAAGCGAGGACCGUCAGGCAAGUUCAGCUCUCCGAGAACGAGAUCCGCCAACUGUGUACCGUUUCCAAAGAAAUCUUCCUCCAACAACCCAAUCUCUUGGAGCUCGAAGCUCCCAUCAAGAUCUGCGGUGACAUCCAUGGGCAAUAUGGUGACCUUUUAAGGCUUUUUGAAUAUGGAGGGUUUCCUCCUGAAGCCAAUUAUUUAUUCCUAGGGGAUUAUGUGGACCGCGGCAAGCAGAGUUUGGAAACAAUAUGCCUUCUGCUUGCCUAUAAGAUAAAAUACCCAGAGAACUUCUUUCUUUUAAGGGGAAAUCAUGAAUGUGCUUCCAUUAACAGGAUUUAUGGAUUUUAUGAUGAAUGUAAACGCCGGUUUAAUGUGAGACUUUGGAAAAUCUUCACUGAUUGUUUUAAUUGCCUUCCUGUGGCUGCUCUCAUAGACGAAAAAAUAUUGUGUAUGCAUGGUGGUCUUUCCCCUGAUCUAGCAAAUUUAGAUCAGAUAAGAAACUUAUCUCGUCCAACUGAUGUUCCUGACUCUGGUUUGCUUUGUGAUUUACUUUGGUCGGAUCCUAGCAGAGAGAUGAAAGGUUGGGGAAUGAAUGACCGGGGAGUCUCGUAUACCUUUGGCCAUGAUAUGGUGGCAGAAUUUUUAAUGAAGCACGAUAUGGACCUUGUUUGUCGUGCACAUCAGGUUGUGGAGGAUGGGUAUGAAUUCUUUGCCGACAGACAGCUUGUUACAAUAUUCUCUGCUCCCAAUUACUGUGGUGAAUUUGAUAAUGCCGGCGCAAUGAUGAGUGUUGAUGAAAGUUUAAUGUGCUCUUUCCAGAUUUUGAAGCCAGCAGACAGAAAACCUAGAUUCCUAUAAACGAAGAAGCCCUGCCUUUGCGGCGUUUGCAUGAGUUGGUGAAGGUCUCGUGAAGAUGCUGGAUUUUAAGCCUAUUAAAGUUGAGUAUGUAAACGUUGCUAUCAUUAUGCUAGCCAUUUAGACUAUUUAGAGUUUAAAAUAUUUUCUUUUCAGAAAUAUUGUGUUUUGAGUUGGAAGUUUCAGGACUUCCAAGAUUGGCUGCAACUAUUUCCUGAAGUGGUGACACAAAGUGCAAAAAAAAUCUUUCUUAUUAAAUUUUUUUUUUAAUUUUUAAUUUUUUAUUUCUCACGCAAAUUUACAGUAAUUGUAAAUGCAUUUGAAUUUGUAAAUUGUUGUGAACUUGUAGAUUUCAGGGGGUUAAUUCGGUUGAUUUUGUGUCA